AUGCCCUAUGAGAGAAUGGAUGUGGAUGUUUCUAGUGAUAAUGAAGAUUUCGAGGGAGGUUUUGAUUUAGAGGACAUGCUACACCAUGUUCAACCUGAGGUGCUAGCGGGUAGGUCACGAGGGUUGGAGAAUUGGCAGGCAUUGGAGAAGGCAGCGAAGGAUCUUCUUUACGACGAAACGGAGGGAUGUGAUAAGGAUUUCACAGUCUUGCGUUCAGUGCUUGAGCUUCUGAGAUUGAAGGCUAAACAUGGGUGGUUCAACACAAGUUUUAAUGAUCUCUUGAGUUUGUUGCGUGCAUUGCUUCCUAAGCCUAACUUUAUACCAUCGAACACGUAUCACGCAAAGAAACUCAUCUGUCCUUUAUCUCAUGGUGUUGAAAAGAUUCAUGCUUGUAAGAAUCGUUGCAUUCUAUAUCGUAAAGAAUAUGCAGACUUGGAAAGUUGCCUAACGUGUGGCACAAGUCGGUAUAAAAUAGGAAAUGGGCCUGUUGAUAUCGAGUAUACUGAUACAGAUUCUGAUAAGGAGAGCCGGAAGACAGAUGGUCUGAUUCGACAUCCCGCCAAUGCUCGCCAGUGGAAGACAUUUGAUGCAAAACACCUAGAAUUUGGCAAUGAUCCUAGGAAUAAACGAAAGUACAUUCUUCUCACUAUCCUCAUACAAGGUCCGAGCCAACUAGGAAUCAACAUAAAUGUUUCUCUUGAGCCUUUGAUGGAGGACAUGGUGGAGCUUUGGAAAAAGGGGCUACGACUGUGGGAUGAGUUUAAGCGGGAGCACUUUAAUCUACGUGCGAUCAUAUUUAUUACUAUCAAUGAUCUGCCUGCAAACUUUUCAUUAUCUGGACAGAUUAAAGGAAAGACUAAAUGUCUCAUAUGUUUGGAUAAAACUUCGUACAAAUACCUUACGUCGUCGAUGAAGACAGUAUACAUGCGACAUCGACGGUUCCUACCACCAAAACACAUGUACCGUAAGAUGGUAAGAUUGUUCGAUAAUACAGUGGAGAACGACAUUGCUCCCGAAACACAAAGUGGUACAUACGUAUAUGAGAUAACAAAGAAGAUUAAGGUUGUAUAUGGCAAGGGAAAGAAGAAGACUGUCAAGAGGAAGAAAGCUGAUGGUGACAAAGAUACUACGUUGCCAUUCAAGAAGCACUCAAUUUUCUUCAAAUACUUAGAUUACUGGAAGGACCUAGAGAUUCGUCAUGCAAUUGAUGUUAUGCACCUCGAGAAGAACGUGUUUGACAGCACCAUUGGCACUUUGUUGGCCAUCCCGAGUAAGACGAAGGAUGGAUUGAAGUCAUGUAACGACCUUGCAGAUUUGGACAUAAGUCAUGACCUUCACCCAGUAGUGCUACCAAAUGAAAAGAUCAAGAUUCCUCCUGCUUAUUACUCCUUGACACUAGAAGAGAAAAAAAAACAUUCUGUAAAUGUUUACAAGGGGUUAGAGUGCCUACUGGCAUACGAGCGUUACAUGUCAAUCCUCAAAGGUUAUGUACGCAAUUGCGCUCACCCUAAAGGAUCAAUGAUAGAGGGAUACAUAACUGAAGAGGCAGUUGAAUGUUGUAUGGAUUACGUAAAGGAUGCUAAUGCCAUUGAGAUUCAUGCGAAUCGACAUGAAGGGAGAUUGUCUAGAAGGGGUACUGUUGGUAGGAAGCAGUUCUUCGACAAUGAUUACAAAAAGGUGUCCGCGGCACACAAUAGCGUUCUCCAACAGCUCGCUAUCGUUGAGCCAUUCUUUGAGCGACACAUUGAAGAAAUCAAAGCAUGCUUCCCAGGGCGAACCGCCAAUUGGAGAUUGGCAUGUGGACUUUCUAGUAUUGUCAACUCAUGGCAAGGUUACGACAUCAAUGGAUUUACCUUGUAUAUGAGUACGAAGGACAUGAAAAGCACAGCACAAAAUAAUGGAGUUCGUGUCGAAGCGAUUGACACGAAUGGUGAAAAGAAGUCGUAUUACGGGACCAUAGAGGAAAUAUGGGAACUCGACUAUGGCCUAAACAUCCAGAUCCCUGUGCUCCAUUGUCAAUGGUUUAAAGACACAAUAGGGGUUUCCGUUGAUGACUAUGGGCUAACGAUAGUCGAUCAAAGUAAAACAGGUCAUAAGGAUGGUCCAUGGGUUUUAGUAAAGCGUGUGGCUCAAGUUUUUAAUGUUAGAGACCCUUUAGAUGAAGGGCCCGUUUGGCACAGCUCUAGCUCCCAACUCCAACUUACCUAG